UCUUACCACCAGCCCCACAUCACACUCCUCUUAUAACAGCGAACUACCACACCAUGUACACCUCCGUCUCCGCCGCCGCCGUUGCAGCUGCCGCUGCCGCUGCCGCCCUCGUCCCACGCCUCACCGGCCGCCGAUCGGCGCCGGCAUCUCGCAUACCGGAGAUCUGCCGCAGAAGAAUCCGAUCCAAACCCCGUACCUUUUCUUCCUCCCCCUCCUUCCCCAUUGUCCCCGCCGCUGCCAUGGCCACCGACGGCGCCGCCUCUGAUGCUGGGUCCAAGAAGAAGCUGCUCAUCUUCGACUCCGAGGAGGAUCUCGCGGUUUCUCUGGCGAAGUACACUGCGGAGCUGUCGGAGAAGUUCGCGGCCGAGAGGGGCGCCUUCACCGCCGUGCUCUCUGGCGGAUCCCUCAUCCAGGCGCUCAGGAAGCUGACGGAGCCGCCGUACCUGGAUUCGGUUGACUGGAGCAAGUGGCACGUCUUCUGGGUGGAUGAGAGGGUCGUGCGCAAGGACCAUGUGGAUAGCAACUACAAGCUCGCCUUUGAUGGGUUUCUCUCCAAGGUGCCGAUUCCUCCUGGACAAGUUUAUGCUAUAAAUGAUGCCUUGUCAGCUGAGGGAGCAGCAGAUGACUAUGAAGCGUGCUUGAAGCAGCUUGUUAAGAAUGGUGUGAUUUCCAUGUCAGCAGCGACUGGAUUUCCCAGGUUUGAUCUCCAGCUUCUGGGAAUGGGACCUGAUGGCCACAUUGCAUCUCUCUUCCCUGGUCACCCUCUUGUUAAUGAGAAAGAGAGGUGGGUCACAUACAUUAAGGAUUCUCCAAAACCACCACCAGAGAGAAUCACAUUUACAUUUCCAGUAAUCAACUCAUCUGCAUAUGUUGCAAUGGUGGUAACUGGAGUUGGAAAGGCUGGAGCAGUGCAGAAAGCACUUUCAGACAAGCAAACAUCAUCGGAUCUGCUGCCUGUUGAGAUGGCUGUACUGCAAGAUGGAGAAUUCACUUGGUUCUCUGACAAGCCAGCAGUGUCCAUGCUGCAGAACAAUUAAAAUCCAUGGUAAUCUUAGCUCGAAGUUUAGCUCAUAAAUAAAAGAUCCAGGGGCCUGCAUAGUUGCAUUCGUCCUCCAGGAUUUCAUGUAAGGGAGACUUGAGCCUUUGAUGUAGUAGAUAUUGUUUCGAAUAAUGUUUCAAAAACUCAUUUGGCUUCCAGCUUUUCUGAAACACUGCUCAAUAAGUGUUUGGUUUAGUACUUAGUUCACUGUUCCGUGCUAGAAGCAUGGAUAGGAAAUGUGGCUGCAUUUUCGUCCAGGCUUGCCGUUACUGGCAUGUCCCAGUUUUAAGUGGUUUUCAGUGUUCGUG